AUGCGUAUGUACCAGUCAUACCUCCUCCUUCGGAAGGAACAGAACGAAUUGUUGAUUCAGAAUAGGAGAAAAGAGGAAAGAAAUAGGAAGUUAAAAUAUGAAUUAGAGAGCUUAAGGGGAAAUAGCUAUUAUUCCAACUUAUUUUUUAAUAAUGAUUCAGACAAUCUUUUCGAGGACCUCGCGUCAGGUAUAAGUAAUAUCUGGAAAUGGAUGGAUAUGGAGAGUAAAAGUGCGCACAUGAAAAGUGGGCACAUGAAAAGUGGGCACAUGAAAAGUGGGCACAUGAAAAGUGGGCACAUGAAAAGUGGGCAAAAGGAUGAAGCUGGACCAACCGCACUAGUGGAUCACUCGGAGGGAGAGAGUCGGAGUCGUCUAGUGAAACGGGGAUGUGUGAAGUAUGGUCAGGUGAACAAUCGGUUUGCAGAUCAGGAGAGGAGUUCUACACGAGUGGACAAAGAACCAGGUACGUUCACCUCCAUGGAAUGUCCAAAGGAUAACAUUAUUGAUUACCUUAAAGGGAGACUCUCCAACGGAGGUAGCAUCCUCGGGAGGAAGGCAGCUCUAUCAAGUAGCCAAAAAGCAGUGAUGGGGGUCCACACCAAUUGGAUCAGACCCAAUGUUGAUCCGAAUAAGAGAAUCAUCAAGGACGAAGAAAAAUUUCUUUUUCACAUUUGUAACUGUAAAGAAAAUAAAUAUGUUCCGUUAAACGUUGGUUCCUUUUUUAUGGUUCCUCCAAAGAGGACUCUCCCAGAUGAGGACUUCAGCUUGGCGUCAAUGCAAAAAUGUAUGGAAUUUAUUUUGCGCAGGAAGGAGAGGGGUAGCCACAGUGAGAUGCGCGUCAGGCAUAAAAAAGGAAGUAACGUUCCCUGUGAUGGUGUCCCUCUCGAAAAUGCAACUCCAAAGGUGAGUACACUGAGUGAGCAGAAGGGAUGUGCCCCUCGGAAGGAUGAAGCAGGGGUUGAUGGAAGAGAUGGGAAGGGGCCACCACCUGUUGGACAAAGUAACAGUGAGGAAGGAAAAAAAAAAACACAUGUCAUUAAAGAGGUGGAAUUAAAAAGGGGAGUUAAAACUGGAGGUUUGGAGAAAGGGGAAGGAAAGCAAAUUUUGAAAAAGGGGGAGAGUGGACGGAAGCGCUUCUUAAAAGAGGACAGGAAUGGAAGUCCUAGCAAAGGAGGGACAGUCCAAAACUGUCAACUGAAGGGGAAAAAAUACAAUACGCAUAAAAUGGACAUGGGUCCAGGAAGCAAAUUUGGCCGUUUAAUGAGCAGAAAGGGAUUAACACAGAGAAGGGACUCCUUAGGGAAACUCAAUUUUAAAGUAGUUCCUAAGAAGGAAGAACAAGGGGGGGAGAUUUUCUCCCUCGUGGUGAAGGUAAAGACAGCGAGGUUGGUUCCCCACGCGAAGGGUCAUCCAAGGUAUGUACGUUUGGCGCGAGUCUGCAGGAGGUUCCUCCCUUCCAGGGGAAGCCGAUGCGCACGUAACGGUUUGGAAGAUAUCCCAAAGGGGGGAAAAAAUCGAAAUGGUGGAAAUAGCAAACGCAGCGAGUUACCUUGCAGCUUUGUCGCGAACCCGUGUGCGGAUGGGAAG